AUGGCUGCAGUUGCAAUUACCCCCUUCAGAGCAUUAUUGGCUGGUGGUGCCUGUUACGGUGCCUGGUCAAUCUAUAUGGCUAAAUACUACUUCCAAAACUCUUCAUUGAGAAAGAUAUACGUCGAUUCAGACCCAGAAUUCGCUAAAGUACAUCCUAUGAGGCACCCGCAAUAUGACGGAAACCUCCUCACAUCCAAGCACUAA